UCUGCACUCUCAAAAAUGUACCGUAUCAGGUGCCAAAUGGAGCACGCGCAGUGACCCGUGUCGCUAAGUUUGGAGGCCCAGAUACAGGGACCGAGGCAUGUGAUCUGAUGUGGUGUUGAAAACAAUCUUUCCUUUGGUCUCUGCUACAUCAGAGGACUUGAGCCAUGGAGUCCUCUGAUGAAGAUGAGGUGCGCACCUUUGUUCAAGUCCUCAGUGAGAAGUAUAACCCUGAGAAUUUCCCCUAUGGCCAAGGCGUAGGAGUGGUUGUUCUGCCCAGGCCUCCAGGAUCCCCUGUCAAAGAUCGCCUCUUCUUGCCCAGCGCACUGGUUCUGAAUGACAGUGGAAUCAGUAAAGCCGGCGACAGGCAAGACAUCGCUGCUUCCUGCGCCCACGUGGUAGAGCUCGACCUGUCCCACAAUCAGCUGAAUGACUGGGGAGAGGUGGGGGUCUUGGAGUUUUAAUUGAACUUAAUAAGG